AAAGGCCACAGCCUGCGUGCUAGGCAACCAACACCAUAAAACUACAUCGCUUGCGGCUUCAUUAUGGCAGCAUCAGGGAUUAAUGAGCAUAAUGAAGCACGCAGACGAGAACGUUUUCUGUUCCGAAAUGCGUACUUUCAAAAACAAUCAGAGGAAGCUGCUGCUGCCCAGCGUGUCCAAAACCAUUUCCAACAGGGAGGUUAUGCAGGACGUCCUAUGAGCAGCUAUGAACAACAACUUCAAGCCACUCAGAGGCAAUCAAGUCCAGUAAAGCACACCAGGGAAUCAGAGGACAUGAGAAGAAGGAAAGAACACAGCAGGAUGAUGGCUCAAGAAUAUUCUGCAAAGAUACCUUUCAGAUACUCAUCAACUGACUACAUAAGCCAGUGGUGAGGAAUUUGGAAAAAAGCACCUACCAACUUAUUCAUGAACCCUUGCCUUCUAUAAAAAUGGACUUAUGCAGUGGAUUGCCUCUUUGCUAGUGUGAGAUGCAAUUGAUAUUUUGACAUUAUUCUUCUAUGACAAUCUCUGUCCUUGAUCUUUUACUGCAAUCAACAGUGAUGUUUUGCAUGGUGAAAACUGUGUUACUUUUUGACAGGUUGUACUUGUAUUGAAGUACUCUUAAUUUAAUAUAAUUUACGUAUGAUGCAUAUGCAUACCCACAUACCCAGAUGCUGUCACCAUUUGUUUUAAAGUACAAUUUGGGCCAGCUACUUUUUUAGGAGGGAUGUGACAUUUUAUGUGCAAGUAGGAUGUAAAUGUCAAUGUUUACUUUCAAUAUGCACCAAAAUCUUAUGUUAACAGAGUAUACUGCUGCAUUUUUUUAAACAACAAAUCAUGACAAGGAAGGUUUUGUUCAUACCAGCCAAAUCACUCAUUGAUCAUUUGCUCAAGUUUUGUUGAAUUAUGUAGCCUUACAAAUUUGAGGGAAUUUUUGUUCAUGUGUGUACUGUUUAUGUCUAUGCUUGCAAGAAAACAAACUUUGAGUUUUCUGGCUACAUUUCAUAAAUCAUGCUAUUAAUGAAUUGUUACAAAAUAAAACAUUUUAACACUUUUUAACUUUCAAAGCAUUUUUGUUCCAAGCUCAAGAAAUCCAUAGAUAUAGACCUUACUGCUGUAGUUUUGAUCUAUUGAAUUUUGCAACUGUAAUCUUGUACAAAUGUGGCAAAUAAACACACUCAAUGACAAGAUGCUAAUGAUCUGUCCAAC